AUGAUGCAGCAGCAGUACGAUGAUAGCGAUGGCAAAAUCCUCCAACCUGGAGCUGAAAGGUACAAAAAUGGACCGUUUGUGCAGCAUCAAACCAUUCCUCGGGGAUCUCAACUCUCACCUCCAGCUUCUCAGCUCUCGUUCUCUGCUUCUGAGAUUCCCCCAACAGCCCCGACCACAAGAGCUACAAUUGCUAUGGAUGAUAAUGCCGCAAGAAUAAAGGCAUUAUUGCUGGCAAGUCUGGGUAAGGGUAAAGAGGAUGUGACAAAAUCUACCACUCCGCCAGUCACAACCCCCUCUCUGGCCGGCAAUCACAAAGCAAGUGGCGAAGCUUCAAACUCGUUGCGAGGAUCCCUGAAGUUGUCAACCACGACCCCUAAGAAAGAAGACAUCGAUGAGUUCGUCCGCGAGGCUGCAGCUGAGUCUGCAAAUUUAGGGAAGAACUUUACAAAGCCUGAAACUCCGAAUGUUCAAAAAAUACCAGUGCACACUGACGCGAAGUCGCAAGCACCUUCGUUAGGAAGCCCUACGAAUGCUACCAAGCCAGUCGCCAAUACGAGAACGAACAAGUCUACACAGGUUAAGAAUAACUUGAAUGGAAAAACAAUCGCGGAGAGGCAUGCAAGCAACGAAUCUAUUUCAGAAGGAGAAAUACUCGAGGAGAAGGAACCAAUAACCAAGAGACUUGUAUCCGGAACGCCAAAUCAGGUACAAGUGUUCGGAAAGGCUCCCAAGAUUGAUAUUCCAGUGCCCCGCAAGCCCAGAGAUGAGCGAACAGACAAGCCUGCUUCCCUUGCCCAUCCACCCCGGGAUGAGUCUUCUCGACUUCCCCCAGCUCCCAAGUCACAAUUUCAGCGCCACAACCGCGACGAUCGUCAUGAAGAAUGUGCUCCACGCCCCGAAAAGCAGGGAUAUGACACUUACAAGCCGAAUAACGAGAGCGAUAGAAAAGCAUAUACUGAACCUGAAAGACCAGCAUAUCAACGUCGAGACAAUCGUGAGGAGGAACACCGCAGAACAGAGCCUACCGAGCAGAGACAAGAAGAGCUUCCUAACAGACAGAUUCGAGAGCAGAAACCACCCACGCUUGACGAUCUCCUACCUCUUGACGAAGAUCUACGAGAUUGGCUAGAGAUUACAGGUUAUCAUAACGCUCCCUACAGAAGCAAGAUUCUCAACCGCCGACGUGCUAUCGCUGCUCUGGACGCCAAGAGGGACCAACUUCUUGCAGAGAUGGAAGCAGAAGAACGAGGUGGAAUACCCGCAUCUGCUGGAGGCCAAGUCCCAGCUUCCCCAAUGCUACCCCCACCCCUCCUUAACAAAGCAGUUGGUCGUCUUGAGCCUGUUUCGUCAACGCCAGCUAGAGAUUCUUCCGACUCGCAGCUUCAACGAGUGGCUGUUCACAAGCGUCCUUACAGCGACGUUCAAGAUUCGAGAGGAGAGCCUGCUGCCGGGAAAUUCGCUCGUACCGAGGGUCGGGCAUAUGUCGAGGAAGAAGGCCUAGAUCGCCGUCCACGCUCCAGUGGCUUCGAUCGCCGCGAGAGAGAUGAUAAUCGUACCUACUACGGACCCAGAUCUCGUAGCCGAGACCGCGGCGAUUCGCCAGGCCGUGAUGGUCGUAGAGCAUAUGAGAACAGAUCAUCUCCUCGCGGUCGUGGUUUCGGGUCAGACAACAUGUACGACCGAGAAGAUGUUCCGGAGCGAAGUGCACGUUCUUACCAGGUCCGAGGCAACUACAGAGGCAAUGCUUAUGACCCAAACUUUCGAGGCCAAGGACGAGCGCGCGGACGCGGACGUGGUGAUUACAGGGACUUCAACAGCGGACCGAGGAACAAGAGCGAAGGUGGAUAUGGGAUGACAAUUGCAACUGGGAAGCCAUUCAAGGACCCUGUGGGCUUUGAUAGGGGAGGCAAGGGAGAAACCAGAUAUUUCAUCGUAAAGUCUUUCAACGAGGAGAAUGUUCUUCGAUGCAUUCAAGAUUCUGUCUGGACAACUCAAGUCCAAAACGGACACAUCUUCAAACGAGCCUUCGAAACCUGCAAGAAUGUCAUCCUCGUCUUCUCAACCAACAAAAGCAAAGCCUUCCAGGGCUACGCACGCAUGGAAGGCCUCCCCGGCUCAGCCGCGAUUACCCAGUGGCAGCGCGUCAUCACCUGGGAGUCCGCUGGGGCAUUUAAAGUAAGAUGGCUCGUGGUUUGUCCGACCUUCUUCCACCGCGUCGGCCACCUUAAGAACUCGCUCAAUGAAGGUAUGGCUGUGUUCAUCGGCAAAGAUGGCCAAGAAAUCGAAGAGAACUGCGGGUCGAAGCUCGUUGAUCUCAUUGAUGAGGAAUUCGAUGCCGCGACAGGCAGCUGGAGCAGAGACUAUGGGAGGUUCAGCGACGCCUAUUGA